CAGGGAGGGCCGCGCUGUGCAUUGUGGGUUGAGCCGCCCAGGUUGAUCUACGGGGCUCUCGGGGUGGCAGCACGGAGCCAGGACCCCCCCCCGGUCCUUGGGUGACCCCCUCGCUGGAGUCCCCGUGGCGAGACCCCAGCGGUGGGUCCCCUUUGCUCGUCCCCUGCACGGCCCCGCGAUGCGUUCUCACAUGUCCCAGGGUGGCCCCAGGGUGGCACGCUGAGGCGUGGCGGGGGAGAUGGCCGCUCGGCCGGUGCCCUGGUGGGUGACGUGGCUCCACGGGUUUCCCCACCUCGACUUCAGUCUGCGGCCCGUGGACUCCACCUUCGCCCCCGACGACCCCGCCUACCAGCAGUCCUUGGCAUUCCUGGCCGGAAUCGUGGGCGCCUGCCUGACCUUUAACCUCCUGGUGGUGGCCAUCUACUUCCUGUGCCGCUGCUGCCGACGGUCGCUGCACCGCGAUGGCGCGGAGCUCAAGCGCGGGCGCUCGCGCUGCGCCGUGUGGGUCGUCGUGUGCGCGGCGCUCAUGUGCAGCGCGGCGAUUGGCGUUGGUUUCUACGGCAACAGCGAGACGGACGACGGCGUGGAGCGUUGCCUCGAGGGCCUGCAGAGCACCCGCGAAACCAUCGACACCGCCACCACGCUGGUGGGCAACACCCUCACCUCCCUGCGGGACGAGGUCACCCCUGACCUGCUGUCCCUAGAGAAGGCGUACGCCAAGCGUGCAGAGUUCCUACGCCUCGUCAGACAGGCGCGCGUCCACCUGGGCACCCUGACGAGCCGGCUGGACGCCCUGCUGCCCCUGUGGAGGGACCCCUCGGGCCAGGGGGGCAGCACCUUGAGCUGGCUGCAGGAGCAGCUGACCAUUGUCGAGUUCUACCGGUGGCUGGCCUACGUGCUGCUACUGUCGGUCGACCUCUUCACCUGCCUCUUGGUUCUGCUGGGGCUGGCCAAGCAGUCGCGCUGCCUCAUCAACCUGGCCGUGCUCAUGGGACUGCUCAUGCUCCUCGCCCACUGGUCCACGUUCGCCCUGCAGCUCGCCGGAUCCGUCAGCGCAAGCGACUUCUGCUUUGCACCGCGACAGUUCCUCGCCAACGUGACGCAGGCGCUCGGCACGGUGGAGCGAGACACGCUGAGCUACUACCUCGAGUGCCGCCCGUCCUCCGUCAGCCCGUUCCAGACGGGCCUGACAGGCAGCGUGCGCGCCGUCUCCGAUCUCCAGUCGCUCGCGCUGGAGCUGCUGCUCUUCGGGGCCGUGGAGGUGCCAAGGACACGGAAGGACCUGGGCAAGGUGCAGGCGGAACUGAACGUGACGGAGACGGCCGUGCACCAGCUCACGGCGCUGCUCGACUGCCGGGCCCUCAACAAGGAUGUGCUGGCAGGGCUGACUGGCAUGUGCUGGGACGGCCUCAAGGGGCAGCUCCUGCUGUCGCUGUUCUCGCUCACGGGGGCCAUCGCCAUGAGCUGCAUCGUCUGCGCCAUCCCCACUGCCUGCGCGCGCUUCCGCAAGAGGGAGCGUUGCCGCGAGGACAACGAGGACCCGUUUGGGCCGCGCGCCAGCGGCGCCGCGUACCGCCACGCAGGCCGCAUGGCCUUCUCCAGCCUCUACAGCUACGGCAGCAGCUUCGGCAGCGAAGGCAGCCUCCCCGCUCUGGCGCACUGCCCGCCCUCGCACGGACUCGGCGCCACCGUGCCCUCCGCCUCCUCCAAUGCCGCCGCCGCCAACCUCGCCAACGCCGGGGGGGGCGGUAGUUACACCGAGGAGGUGGGUCCCUUCAACAACAACCCCAUCUACGAGGAGGCCACCUUCUCGCGACGCCAGUCCCCGCCGCCCUCCCUGUUUUUGGCUGCUAGCAACGGGGCCAAUGGCCUCCUGUGGCAACCAAACACGCGGGACGGCGCAAGUACGCGACGGCUAUGAGGCACCAUGGCACACGCGAGCCACGAGGAAGCCCCGCCCGGUUGGCAUGACAACCGGCCUCCUGGUACCACGCAGAUGCUGGCAGUGUCUGACGCCAGCCCCUGGCCCCCCCCCCCCCCCCCCACUUCAUCCCUCCCCCUCUUCCUCGCUCCCUCCCUCCCUAACUACCCUCUCUAAUUUGCUCCAGUCCCUCGCAUCCAUCCUCCUACUUGUUUAUCUCCACUGUCCUCUUGCCAUUUCCCCCUCUCAAUGCUCUUCCGCGCAUAACAGGUUGCUAUAGGCAGCUGCGGGACCAUGCGGUGGGCAGCAGAGAGCAGCGCAGAACAAUCCACCGUUGUACUGUAUUUCUGUGCUCCAGCUUCUAUGUCCCCACUUUUACCAACGUGGUCAAUUAUGGCCAGGUGAGAUAACCGCCCCCGCCACCCCGCGGCGCACAGAGCACGGGGGAGUCCGUCAUCAUCCAGCAGUGGAUUGACAAAAGGGGGGGGCGCGUGCACACGCUCGUAUGUCCCGGAAUCUCUGCCUCUCACCCUGCCUCCUGUGUCUCACCUCUACCUUUAACCGUCCAUGCUCCCCCCUCCUCCUCCUUGACCGCUCCGUUCCCGCAUGACACUUUCUGUUUUAAUAUCGGCAACGACGAGAAGGGGACCACUCAUGCGUUUCCCGCGCCUGCACGCGGCGCCGCGGCUCGCGUCGCCAUGGCGAUGGGAAAUGAAACCGAGUGGUCGCCACGCCACGCCACACGUGGUGCACUUGAGUUCAACGGCACCGGGCGCUCCGCUGAGUCCAUGGGCCCAGGGCGGAGAUGGCCACCGCUCCGAGGGUGGCACGCACUUCUCUAGCCGUUCCCAUCUCAACAGCGUCGGCUUGCGUAGUGACGUGCCAACCACGACACGCAGCGUUCGCAACUGAUACGGUUAAAUACGAGGGGGACUCUUUGAUCACCCCGCUCGCUUCAAACGGCUUUCGCCGAUGGUACGUUUGAUUCGAAUUAACGGGGUCCAUUCUGUCCCGAUGACGGAAUCGGUCGCGUUUUAAGUUCAAGUUCAUUUAUUAUUAAGUGAACACGCGGAAAGCCGCGCGGCUGGCAUGGCCCCCGCCAAGGAGGCUACUGGCGUCUCCCACCCAUUGUUGCCAUUUAGCUCCUGAACGUGUCGCUGCCAUGAGAAAAGAAUGGAGUAGAAUCAAGCGGUCGACGCAUAAUGCGCUGCUGUUGGCCACGCACAGAGACGUAGGAAUCGCCCAAAGUGCUGCUCACCCUCAGGUGGUAGCGCCCAGCGAAACAUCUGGCCUUGGCCCAUGGACUCGUGAGGUCACGUGCCGAUUCGACCGAGCGUCUCGCUCUCCCUAGCGUCACGCGCACAGCAAUGGAUCAGUGGCUCCCGACGUCUCUGCAACCCCCCCCCAUCUACUCCGGGACGACUUGGUCAUGGUGCCCACUGAGCUAUAUAUCUCUUCUUAAGAAGCGACCGGGCCACAAACGAUAGCACAACGAAGUGGCUUAUGCGCGUGGACAUUUACAGCAGCUGAAUAAUCUAAACACGUGAUGUUGAUUCGAAAUGUGGGGCGGGGUGGGGGGAAACCGGAGGACCCGGAGAAAAAUCAACGUGACCACGGGGAGAGAGACACCGCGAACUCCACAUACGUAGCGGGCGUCAGGGUUGGGAUGGAACCCACGACCUCCUGCAUACCAGGCGAGGGAGAUGACGUCUCGCCACUGCGGCGGCUCCGCUGUUCGCUCGCGGGACCACCAGCUGCGCCAAGUGGCAGCGUCCGUAGACAGUUUCCGCGGGCCACUGCCCACACGCAGUCCGCAGGUUAGGGAACCACUACACUCUUGAAGGGUGCAUUUUGUUUCGUUGUAAGCAGGGCUUGUGAUUUUCGGUUGAUAAAUGUGAUUUAUUCGGUGUUGAUCGGCACAUUUUCUUUUAGCAGUUUUAAAGUUAUUUUGUAGAUAUUCGAGGUUUCUCAAUGCUUUUGCGUAUUGAUUUGUUUUAUACACCGUGAUGAGUUGCUCAACGUUAGUUUCUGCAGUGUUGCCUACUUUUUAACAUGCAGGCCAAGCUCGUAUUUAAUAAUAAUCAUAACAAUGAUUAAACAAUGUUUGAGAAAAUAAACAUAACAGUUUUCUCACCGCUAGUGGUGACCUGGCGCUUUCGUACUCGGACAGUCGUUGUCUAAAUAAAUUAAACUAAUUUAGUUUUUUUUAUCACAUAAGUAAGGUUUUUUUGUACAAAUUGCGUACAUUUUUGUAACAUGAAUGGAGCGACCAUUUAAUAUGGGAGGGUGGGGUGUGUGUGUGUGGUGUUUAUUUGACAAACACUGAUUUAAGUUUGUAUCAGAGGUGCAAUGAUCAGGGUCACAACCAAAACUCACAAGCCCUCGUUAACACAUUAAAGUGCGGUCGCUAUCGUACGGCCAUGGGGGGGGGGGAUGGGGAGGGGGGCGGGUUGGAGCGGAGAAACCACAACAACGGGGAUUACAAUUUAAUACCGCGAUGAAGCACAAAGGCAUUGCACACCUGUGGUGGGGUCACGAUGGGGUCACGUGCAGUGCCCGAGGCAUUCUGUGCACAAUGAUCAAUCGGGUAGGACAGGGAAGUCUCGGGGAGACGGCGAGUGGCCACUCCGGGGACGCUGCUGGCCACCAAAGCCCCCCGGGGGAGGCCCACGGCACUGGAUGCAUUACACAGAGGCCUUGAUCCAGCAGUGGACGGGUCAUGGCUGACGAUGAAUUGGGUGAGACUUAACCGUUUGUGCGAGCAAAGGAACGGAUUAGGACGUGUGGCAGUGAGGGACGAGACUAGGGGAGUGGACGAGGUUAGCGUAAGCUGUGAGGUUAGGGGUUGGGAUCGGGAUAGGGAUGAGGUUAGGGGUAGAGAUGAGAUUGCGGUAAGCUGUGAGGCUCAGCAUAUAGUGUUUGACGCGAGGGUUAGAUAUGGGGUUGAGGUUAGGGUUAGCUAUGAGGUUGAGCCUACGGUUUGCGAUGGGGUUGAGGCUAGGGUUGGGAACUAUGGGGUUGAGGCUAGGGUUGGCUAUGGGUUUUGGGCUAUGGGGUUGGGAACUAUGGGGUUGAGGCUAGGGUUGGCUAUGGGGUUGAGGCUACGGUUAGCUAUGGGGUUGAGGCUAGGGUUGAGAACUAUGGGGUUGAGGCUAUGGGGUUUGUUUCCUGCUACAGUUCGCCUGCAGCACCGUCUUUCAGAGAGCCACAGCGCUUCCCGCUCUCGCGCCCGCAAGCACAACGAUCAUCAAUGCAAUGCGUGCAAAGCGGUGAUUGAUGCAACUCAGGAGCUCGCUUGCUAUGGCAAAAUAUCAAAAUAUAUCCGUGGGUAUAAACGCCACCGCCUGUGGUGAACUGGCACCGCCCACAAUGUAGCGGCCAAGGUGAGUCUUCCAUGCUCCGUCCGACUUUGUGCCACUGUUAAGGCCCCGGGGGUGGUCAUGUGGGGUGUGUAGGGGGGGGGGGGAGUUGGCGGUCGGUGUGCAGGAGGGAACGGAGGGUGACUACCUUCCGCUCGCCCCCUGCCUCCCGCCCGGUGGUGAGAGGUGGGAAGGGGGUCAAACAAACGGCAGCUAAAAAUUGUGGAGAAUCGGCUCCGUGCUGUGAAAAGGCUCCCGAGCCGAUAUUUGCACGACACGUGCCCCCGCUCCGGAGUUCGGCUCAAAUUUCCAGCCACUCUUCCUGGGCCGAAAGCUUCCGCCGUCGCCCGCCACGGUGCUGGGGCUCCGAAUCGCCCCGAGCCCAUGGGGCUGGCCACUUCGCCCCAUGUCCCAUGGCUUGUCGGGGUGUGGUCCAUAUUUGCCGCCACUCGCUGCUCUGGUGUGCUCCUGGCCGCCCAGAUGCGCUUGCGCUGCGCUCCCACCUGUGAACGCGUGUUCCUGGCUAGUCACGCCGGAUUCGUUGUCGGUCAGCGGUGCAGGUUGUGCUCAUCCGCACAUCCGAUUAGCACGGUUGGCUACGUACGCUGCGAAAGAAGUUCAACAUACAGGAGUUUCUCCACAGGCAUCCCUCUCCCGUGCCGCAUGCGCAGGUUGCGGUAGAGAGUGGCGUUGCGCGGUCACCACUGGCGCGCACGCACACGCGCGUUUCCCUGUGGACUGCCCCCUGUUGGUGCUAAAAUUCAUGCCGCCGGUCACCCCUGCGGGUGACGAGCAAGCACUGAAAAAAUAUAAGCACAGUCGCGACCGCAGGCAGACAACAGAAGCACCCCCCUCCCCCCCCCCUAGCAUGGGGGAGCACGGGGGAUCUGGGGAACCUGGGUUAAUGGUGCUGAAAGACUGGGCCUGGGGUUUGGUGCUAGAAUUACCCGGGUUGAAGGGGGCUUGGAGAGACCUGGGAUUGUAGUGGGUAGGAGAUCCGGAGAGAGGAUCUGGGAUCUCCUGUUCAUCGCCCCCGGCUGCUUUUCUCACAGACGAGGCCGAGCGGCGCAAACUCCCAAAGCGCCGCCGCUCCCUCCCCCGCGUCGCGAGCCACCGGCGGUGGACGUGGCAAGCGCGGGGGCUUGGGUCGCAAGUCGGAGUCGGAACGUCGCUCUCCCGUGUGCUGGCUGGUGGAGGGGGGGUGCGCGCUGCUAAUCCGCACGGCAUCGCUCUUGCAUGCAACCGAGUCCCCCGUAGUCGCCCCGUAGUCGUUGCACUUUAGUCGCCCUUGUAGUCAUCGCGUAGCCGCCCCUCCCUGGAUGUUCAUAUCUUUUGCCGUUUCGGUGACCGUACUAAUCGCGAGGCCUGUGACGAUUUCACCGAUGAGGGACGGUUCCUGACCGCUCGCGAAAGGGUUCGCCCGAAUGGCACGCGCGCGCGGUCCCAAGUGGCGGACGACGUUUGGACGUGUGCGUACGCGCAUGCACCGUCCGGAUCAUGGAACGGGUGACGAAACGAAACCUAAUGUACGGGACGGUCAAUUGCAUGGAGACCGAUCACAUGAGAUUAACAAUACGGACACGUUUGUUGUCCUAGCACCGCACCUCCGAUUAGCACGGUUGGCUACGUACAGCGCGAAAGAAGUUCAACGUACAUACGAGACGUACGCGGCAUAACGUGUGAAACUAAACGCCCGAAGUUCAAGACAAUGCAAAUGAGACGGGACACGCGAGAGAGAUUACAUGACGUUGGCAGUGCAAACAUGACCGACACGGCAUACGAGACGAAAAGUCUUAACAGCAAGAGAAUGCAAAUGAGACGGGACAUACGCGCACAGCUAUCAACCCACAUGGAAAUCUCACCGAGUCUCAUGACACCUUUUUCAAGAGGGUCCUGCAAAGACUCGGUAGGAGGAGUCUCCAUCAGCUGCCGUGCAGAGGGAAACCUUUUGCCAACGCGGAUUUACGGAGCGCGAGUGUCGCCAAUACCAUACCGUGUGAACCCUUACGGGUUAUACCCCGUAUUCCUGUACAGGGAAAUUGAGUGUUUCAUGUCCAUACCGCGUACAGCCGUUUCAAUACGGGCAAUUUUUGGUUGAACACGUCGGCUUUCGCGGCCAAUAUCAUCUAACCCAAAAAAAAUUCUUGUGAACGAGCAAUUUUCUUUUCUGUGUUUCUUUCUUCCUUGUAAUGGGACUUUGUAGCAUGAAUGUUGAGGUCUAUAAGGACACGGGGUAAUCAAUAAGGUCUGAAUUGGUCUGUAGUAAUAUUGACAGGUAUGCAAACGAGAUGGACAGGACAAGACGGUACAGAAUGCAGGACACAUAAACGACAACACGAACAAGAUAUGGUACAGACGAGUCCGCAAAGAAACAUCGCGAAACAAGUGAUCUGGUGAUGCGGCUGCUGCUGCUGCGUUGUCAGUGAUGUUCAAGCACAAGUGGGUGAACAACACUCAACACGUUUGUCAAUAACACUGGCAUUCAACGUUUCGGGCAAUGGCCUUUCAUAUCGCGUCAUUUGAAGGGCCAUUUAUCCCAAAACAUCACCUAUUUUAUAUAUAUCUUUUUUCCAUUUUAAAGCCAAACGGUGUUCUUGACGAACGUGUUGACAUUUUUGGGGGUUUUUUUUUCUUUAAAAAAACACAGAUUAACAGUAACGAUGUUGAUGGUUUUGUGGAAUCGAAUCGUGGCGCCGGAAUCGUGGGAGGUUGUUGGGAAUCGUUGCGGGCCUCGCCAAAUGAUGCCGCACAUUGGGGCCGCAGCUGCUGCUGCUGCUGUUGGGGCCCCGCUAGUCGUGUGAGUUUGCACAAUGAUAGCGGCACAUACGAGGCCGCAGCCACCGUUAAAUAUCGGAUGCGUAGCCUCGCCCUUUUAGCGUUGGGACGUGUACAUUGAUUUUUAAUUGUCAUGGUAUUCUCGUUUCUAAUGUUCUUCCCCCCCCCAACUGUCAUUGACGAAUUAAAAAACACAGUAUUCGA